GGGUGCUUGAGGGCCCCGGAGGGGAGGGGUGGGGAGGGCUGGCCUCCGCCCACGCGCAUGUUGUGGACCCCGGAGCCCCGCUCGGUGCAACGUGCGGGACAGAGCGGUCUCCGCGCGCCGGGAGACCCGGGGACACCCGUCUGGGGGCGGAGGCCGCGCUGCUCAGCCGCCCACGCUGCGCUCCAGGAGCAGAGCCCACAGAAUGGGCAUCAGGACAUGCUGAAUUCCCCUGAGAUAGCUCCAGGGGUGAUUAUGGUCAUUUGGCCUGACUGCCACUUAAGAACCUUGCCUAUGUGACUGGAGAUCCCAGCACAAGCUGGCCAUCUGCCUUUGCCAUGAAUGAUGGGCAGGCCUUUGGCUGUGCUUCUUCAGAGGAAGAAUGUCUGGGUCAGCAAGAAGACAGCAAAUGCUGAUUUGGAUUUCAGAGGAAAGAUUCAGUCUCCAUCCAAAGUUCCUCUAAAGAUGCCUGUGCUCUCCCCAUAGAGUGAGUGUUGGCCACAUUUGCUACAGAUGACACAGGCGGCUGGCACCCUGGUCAUGGAGGACUGCAACAUGCACUCGGCCGCCAGCAUUCUGGCGUCGGUGAAGGAGCAGGAGGCCCGCUUUGAGCGGUUGACACGGGCACUGGAGCAAGAGCGGCGCCACGUUGCCCUGCAGCUGGAGCGUGCCCAGCAGCCUGGCAUGGGUAGUGGUGGUACGGUGGGCAGUGGGCAGCCCCUGCCAAUGGCCUGGCAACAGAUGGUUCUGCAGGAACAGAGCCCAGGCAGCCAGGCAUCGCUGGCCACGAUGCCAGAGGCACCUGAGGUGCUGGAGGAGACAGUGACAGUGGAGGAAGACCCUGGCACGCCCACUUCCCAUGUGUCCAUUGUCACAUCUGAAGAUGGUACAACCCGGCGCACGGAGACUAAGGUCACCAAGACAGUCAAAACAGUGACCACAAGGACAGUACGCCAGGUGCCUUUGGGCCCAGAUGGACUCCCCUUGCUGGAUGGUGGCCCCCCACUUGGCCCUUUUGCUGAUGACCGGCAUUUUCUGCUGCGUGGUGGUGGCCCAGCAGCCACACUCUCCCGAGCUUACCUCAGCAGUGGAGGCAGCUUUCCAGAUGGUCCUGAACCUCGUGAUGUCCCAAGCUAUGGCAGCUUGUCCCGAGGGCUUGGGGUGCGGCCCCCACGCACUGGUCCUCUGGGCCCAGGGUCUGGUGAUGGCUGCUUCACACUGCCUGGCCGCCGGGAAGCCUUCCCCACGGGCUCUGAGCCUGGACCUCCAAGUGGCCGCUCCCUGCCAGAGCGCUUUCAGGCUGAGCCCUAUGGCCUGGAGGAUGAUACACGAAGCCUGGCUCCUGAUGAUGAGGGUGGCCCUGAUCUGGAGCCUGACUAUGGCACAGCCACACGGAGGAGACCUGAGUGUGGACGAGGUCUUCGUGCCAGGGCCUACGAGGACACAGCAGAUGAUGCUGGUGAGCUGAUAGACGAGCGAACUCCAUUCCCUGCAGCAACAGCUCCUCUGGCCCAGCCUGAGAGGGGCAGCCUGGGCAGCUUGGACCGGGUUGUGCGACGCUCGCCAUCUGUGGACAGCACUCGAAAGGAGCCACGCUGGCGGGACCCCGAGCUGCCAGAGGUGUUAGCCAUGCUGCGGCACCCUGUGGACCCUGUGAAAGCCAAUGCAGCUGCCUACCUGCAGCAUCUAUGCUUUGAGAAUGAGGGCGUCAAGAGGCGAGUGCGGCAGCUUCGUGGGCUGCCCCUGCUUGUGGCAUUACUAGAUCAUCCUCGGGCUGAGGUACGACGCCGGGCCUGUGGGGCAUUGCGCAACCUCUCCUAUGGCCGGGAUGCUGACAACAAGGCUGCCAUCCGAGACUGUGGUGGUGUGCCUGCUCUAGUGCGCCUGCUGCGGGCUGCUCGUGACAAUGAGGUCCGUGAGCUGGUCACUGGCACACUCUGGAACCUGUCAUCCUAUGAGCCCCUGAAGAUGGUCAUCAUUGACCAUGGCUUGCAGACGCUGACCCAUGAGGUCAUUGUACCCCACUCGGGCUGGGAGCGAGAGCCCAAUGAAGACUCCAAGCCCCGGGAUGCUGAGUGGACGACCGUCUUCAAGAACACAUCAGGCUGCCUGAGGAAUGUGAGCUCAGAUGGUGCAGAGGCCCGACGACGACUCCGUGAGUGUGAAGGCCUGGUGGAUGCACUCCUGCAUGCCCUGCAGUCAGCAGUGGGCAGGAAGGACACAGACAAUAAGGGCCUGGGAAGGUCAGCAGUCCCCACGUCCUGUGUCCCUGCCCAACCAGGUCACCUUUCCCCACAGUCAGUGGAGAACUGUGUGUGCAUCAUGAGGAACCUGUCCUACCACGUGCACAAGGAGGUUCCAGGGGCUGACAGGUACCAGGAGGCUGAGCCUGGGACCCCGGGCAGUACUGCCGGCUCCCAGCGCCGGAGGAAGGAUGACGCCAGCUGCUUUGGUGGCAAGAAAGCCAAAGAGGAGUGGUUCCAUCAAGGGAAAAAGGAUGGAGAGAUGGAUCGGAACUUUGAUACACUGGACUUGCCCAAACGAACAGAGGCUGCCAAAGGCUUUGAGCUGCUGUACCAGCCUGAGGUGGUACGUCUCUACCUCUCACUUCUCACGGAGAGCCGGAACUUCAACACCCUGGAGGCUGCAGCUGGUGCCCUGCAAAACCUCAGCGCUGGGAAUUGGACGUGGGCCACCUACAUCCGUGCCACAGUGCGCAAGGAGCGUGGACUGCCGGUGCUAGUGGAACUGCUGCAGUCUGAGACCGACAAGGUUGUGCGUGCUGUUGCCAUCGCGUUGCGCAACCUCUCAUUAGACCAGCGCAACAAAGAUCUCAUUGGGAGCUAUGCCAUAGCAGAGCUGGUGAGGAAUGUUCGCAAUGCACAGGCACCUGCUCGCCCUGGUGUCCGCUUGGAGGAAGACACAGUGGUAGCUGUGCUCAACACCAUCCAUGAGAUUGUGUCCGACAGCCUAGACAAUGCACGCUCGCUUCUGCAGGCCCGAGGUGUGCCCGCACUGGUGGCGCUUGUGGCCUCCAGUCAGUCAGUUCGGGAGGCCAAGGCAGCAUCCCACGUGCUACAGACUGUGUGGAGCUACAAGGAGCUGCGUGGUGCCCUACAGAGGGAUGGCUGGACCAAAGCUCGCUUCCAGUCUGCCACCACUGCCAAAGGACCCAGAGGAGCACUGAGUCCUGGGGGCUUUGAUGACAGCACACUGCCACUGGUAGACAAGAACCUUGAUGGGGAGAAGCCAGCCAGCCGGGAUAUGAUCCCCAUGGAUACACUUGGCCCAGAUGGAUAUGCCACUGUAGAACGGAGGGAGCGGAGGGCCCUGGGCAGUGAUUCCAUAGGGGAGGUCUCUGAGAAGGAACUGUUGAAACCCGAGCCUGGCAGGAAGGCCCCUCUACCUGGGCCCAGCAGGCCUGCAGUCAGGCUGGUGGAUGCCGUGGGGGACGCUAAGCCUCAGCCUGUUGACUCCUGGGUCUAGCUUGCAUGCCUGGGCCCUGGCCCAGCUGUUUGUUCCUAGGGAUCACAUCAAAAUAGCCAGAGGAAGAAGGGCCAUCUUGACCAAACCCAACCCUGCCAAGGAGCCUCUGUGGUGCACUGGUCAAGCCUCUUGUCCCAAGCCUGGGCCUGGCUUUAUGGAAUACCCCUCCUGUUCUACCCUACCCUCCUUUCCUCCAUUCUCCUGAUCUAACUCCCCAGGCCUGAGUUAGCUGUUAACUGACAUGGUGCUGUGUGAUAUGAGAGAAGGCCUGGGGUGGGGUUCAGGGAGGUAGCAGGGUGGGUCCCAGGCACAGUGCAGUGCAACCAAGGAGCAAGUGCAGGCCUGGGGACCAGCAGCAGGGCAAGGAGGGGGACUUGGGAAAGAAAUUGGGCUCCCAUGGGUGGCUGGAGUACUACCCUGCAUGCAGGCAGACCACCAUGGUAAGGUGGUCCAAAAGACAGUCCAGGCAGAGAGGCUUGGGAGGCAGCCAGCUGGGGGAGGGGAGGUGUCGGGCUAUACUUGCCCCCAAACCCUUCCCUUGGAGUCUUUGGAUGUGUGGAACCCCAUUCCUCCUGCAGCAUACGUUUCCUAAGCUGCCUAUGGCUGGGGCUACCCUGGCUGUUGCAUCUGCAUCUGCCUAGAACCUCAAGUAACCUCGGGGACUGACCGCCAGCAGCUCUUCAGUGCCUGCUGUUUGUGACUUAAAACGAAGAAAACCACUGACAAAAAGCAUUAAAAAUGAAACCAAAAUAAGACUAUUGGUAAAUACUGAAAUUUUUGUAAGAAAAUUUAAAGAUUAAAAAAGCAGGAAAGGAA